AUGUCUCUUAGACCAAGACCAACACCUACCAAGCAACCAUCGAUAUCAGAUGCAGUUUCCAUUACUACCAACCCACCAGCCUCCACCACCAGCUCCGAAUCGGAACCUGACACCCCGAAAAGCCCUCAACUACCACAACCCACCCUCUCCCAACGUGCCAUCUCCCAAACCCUAACAAGCACAGCAAACCUAGCCAACCUCCUCCCAACAGGCACCCUCCUCGCCUUCCAACUCCUCACCCCAAUCUUCACCAGCAACGGCUCUUGUGACUCCGCCACUCGCCCCAUGACCCUCAUCCUGCUCCUCCUCUUUGCCCUCUCGUGUUUCGUCGCGUCCCUCACCGACAGCGUCAAGGCCUCUGAUGGACAAGUCUACUACGGCCUGGCAACGACCAAGGGGCUAUUUUUGUUUGACUACCCGGAUGCCUCAGGUUCAGGUCUGCCUGAUUUGAGCAAGUACAAGAUAAGGUUCAUGGAUUUGGUUCAUGCAGUUUUGUCUGUGUUUGUCUUUGGGGCUGUGGCUUUGAGGGACAAGAAUGUUGUGGGGUGCUUCUACCCUACGCCUGGGCAUGAGACUCAGGAGGUUUUGAACAUUGUUCCAGUUGGUAUUGGGCUUAUUUGCAGCUCGCUGUUUGUGGUCUUCCCCACCAGAAGACAUGGCAUUGGAUACCCUCUUACAUCUGGCAAAUAA